UCAACAUUUUCAUUUGAUUUGCUAUCAUGCUAAGUGAUUCUAUGAUUUUGUAAGUUGUAACUUGUUUUAGUUUGUAACGGGACUAAUGAACAAGUAGUGUUUAGAUUCAUCAUUCAGACAUUUUUUUAAUCUUAUGAACUAUAAUAUUUAUCUCUUCAAUAUUGUUCACAAUUACUAUGAAUCAUGGAAUGUACCCAUAUAUUAGAUAACGUUUGUAUUGAGCUAAAUGGAGAAUUGAGUAGCGAGGACAUAACGAAAACAAAGAAAUUCGAUUGUUCAGAAUGUGGUGUUACAGAACAGAAUUGGCUGUGUCUGUAUUGCGGAAUAGUGAGUUGCGGCAGAUAUGUAAAUGGUCAUGCAAAGAAACAUUCAGAAAUAUCUGAUCAUCAAUUAUGUAUGAGCUGCGAUGUUUAUUCUGUUUAUUGCUACAAAUGUGAUGAAUAUGUUGCAAAGGACACAGAACAAGAAAACAUAGAUAAAAUAAGAAAAAUAAUAGCUGACAUCAGAAAAAAUAGAGAAGCAGAAUUAAAAUCAGGUCAAACACAAGUGAGAUAUGGCGAUCAACAAUUUGUAAAAACAGAUAUAGUUGAUAAGUCAGAUUUAGCCUAUGAUAGUAUCAUAAAUUCAGAAGUAACACCUUCGACUUCUUCUGACUCAGACACUCACCUAAAUGAUAUAGAUAGUAAAACAGGACACUCCAUAAAGAAUUCUGAAGAUACUGUUAGAAACCUAAGACCUAGACUAAGAAAACGAUCUCACAAUGAUGGUGCAAAUGUAUUGGAAAACACACAUCAAUUCAAAAGUAAAGAGAAAAAGUUGUCACCGAUAAUUGGAAAGAGCAACAGAGACAAAAAAGUGGUUGGAUUAAAAAAUUUGGGGAACACAUGCUUUAUGAAUGCAGUAUUACAAAGCUUGAGUAAUAUACAAGAGUUUAGUUGUUACUUUAGUCAGUUACCAUCAUUAGAGGCAAAGACUAAUGGACGAAAGGUUUAUCAUUCAAGGAGUUACACUAGGCAGGAAAUUAAUGAUGUUGUAAUGGCUGAGGAGCUGAGAAAGGUGUUGAUAAAUUUGAACAAUAGCUGUGGUUCAAAGAGUGCUAUAUCACCGGAGUGCUUGUUCCUUGUUAUUUGGAAGGUGGUGCCAAGGUUCCGAGGCUACCAGCAACAGGAUGCACAUGAGUUUCUUAGAUAUAUGCUUGACAGAUUGCACACGGAAUUACUGCAGCUCUUGCCUCCAGACAAGGAAGAGAGUGGUUGUAUACCGAGGACCCCAUCUGCUUCUAUAGUCACUGCUGUGUUUGGUGGCACACUACAGAGUGAGGUUCGUUGCUUAGCGUGUGGAACGGAUAGCAACAAGUAUGAUCCAUUUUUAGAUCUAUCACUGGAACUACCGGAAACGGGACGACAUGAUGCCCCUGUCCCACUCACAGACUGUCUUGCAAGCUUCGUGCAGGUAGAAGAGCUGGCAGACACAGAGAGAUACUUUUGCAGCAGCUGCGAGUGUAAACAGAAAUCGACUAAGCAAUUCUGGAUACGGCGGCUGCCUAACGUUCUCUGUUUGCAUCUCAAGAGGUUCCGUUGGCAUAAUUACUUCAGAACCAAAGUGGACACCAGUAUAUCGUUUCCGCUGCGUGCGCUAGACAUGUCUCAGUUCGUCUUGGGCGCGGAUGGCACUACAGUCGCCGACCGUUCUCGGAGCCCUGCCGACCUCUACGAUCUGGCAGCGCUCAUCGUGCACCACGGCUCCGGCGCCGGAUCGGGCCACUACACGGCGUUUGCCAUCAACGAGGAGCAGUGGUUCCACUUUAACGAUCAGACAGUUCGUGCGACGGACGCGGAAGUCGUGGCCACCUGCAAGCCCUACAUCAUGUUCUACAUUCGGCGCGAGUUCACUCUGCCCAACGCUGACACCUGACAAUACUAGAGAACGUAUUUUCUCCACUCUGCUAUUUCAUUAAACAUGCCAUCUCAACAAACGACGCCGACGCCAUUUUGAUUAUUUUUACGUCAUAUAUAAAGUCCACUUGUAAUCGUUCAAAUUGUAAAAAGAAAAGGUCUUUUGGACUUGACUUGAUGAAUUAAACAACAUUCAGUUUGAAUAUUAUUUCUAAAUUGCGAUGAAAUUUGUUCAACUACUUUUGUGAUUAGGGCUGGUAAAUUAUUAUGAAAACGACCGGCAAUGGCAAAAACAUUUAAACCAUACGGCCUUAUCAAUAAAAACUCUUUCGUAUCUCGUAAAAAUGAUCUCGUAUGAUAAAUAUAUGAAAUAACAUUGCGAUUUUUAACUAAUGAACAAAGCAUUUAAAAUUACACUUAAGAAAUGAUCAUAAUUUUAAGAAAAAUAACAUAUAUUUUGAUAGCAUAUCAAAACCAGAAAUCAUACGAUUGGACCGAGUUCAUUGCUGACUUCAGAUUUGAUAUAUUAAUUGACUGCUGAUUAACUGCCUAACUGAAAUGUCAUUUGGUAUAAAACUUUAUCUUUGCGACACAUAAGUACUCAUCUCUAUUAAAUGGCAUUUUUGAUAUGCCCGAUAUUUAAAUGUCAUUAGAAACGAUUUUCUCUCGAGUGUCUGAAGGUAUUUACAUGUAGUUGGUAGAUUGAAGUUAUUACUUAUUAUUACACUUUUAUUAUUCAUAUAACUGUCUGUUGAUGAGCUAAUACACCUGUAAAAUGUAAUAAAAAUUGGUAUUACAGUGAUAACGGACUUGUAAAAUAUUGUGUGUAUGAUACUGACGCAGGAAAGACACUGUUUCUUUGGGAUAAAAUAUUGCCAGGUUUUUGUUAGUUAGCAUAAAUUGAAUUGCUAAAAUAAAAAAACUUUUAAUGUAUAUUCAUCCAAUAUGAGAGAUCAAGAGGUGUGUUGCUGACUUUUAGUUUGGAGUAUCGUCUAAGCUUCUGGUCCAUAACAGCCGUUCCCAAUUUUCAGUCUCUGGUUGUGGCCCACUUGAGAUAAAAAUCGUAACUAACGUGAGUCCUUAUCCGUAAAUGCUGAGUUUCAGUGGGAGGAUGUAUAGCGUACCAGCGAUAGAAGUUUGUAUGGAAAUUGCAAUUCACGCGUUCUAAUAUAAGGCGAUAAGAAUGUAAUAAUUAAAUUAUCGUGUAUAUUGGGACAGCUUCAGAUUAUUGAAAGCUAAUUACUGACAGUAGAUGGUAGUAAUUUAUCUCUAUCUAUAAAUCGUAUAUUGGAAACGGCCGUAAGUCGUAUCGGUUCGGGGAAACUGCACCCGGUUAUUGAUUACACCCGAUGUAGAUCGCCAGACGUCAGUAUGAUGCAGGAAAUGACUGACUGGUAAACUUACAUUUUUAUUGAAUACUUAUUAAACUUAAUUAUAUUAUGUAUUUCAUUAAAUACCUUAAUUCCGUAUAACAAUUGCCAUCUAAAGAGAUUCUUUUAUAUUUCUGAGCCACCUGUGUUGUGUCGAUAUUAAUACUUUUUAUAUUAGAACAGUGUCAUACUAGGUUGUUUUAUUAUCAUAUGUAUGUAGGUAGGUACUCAAAGUUGCAAAUGUAUGUAGUUAGUGCUAAAUGUUCCCGUUGCUCAUUGAUGUUUGUGACGUCAAAACCCACCGCAUACUAUAUUUUUUUUAUUUCAAUGAAAUUAUUUUAAAAUGGAUUUAUUUAAUAAGUUGCAUGGAGCUCAUAAACGAAUUACAGACACUGCAUUUCGUAUCAAGUACAAUGGUUUGUUUUAGCAUAUAUUAAUAAUAAGAAGAAAUAGGCUCUACAUUCCUGAUAUACAUAGUUAAAGAUUUUUAAAUGUCAUUGUGUCGUAUGAAUUUUAUGUCUGAAGAUAUAGCUGGUAUUAUAUGUUAAGUGUUUUAAUCGCUAAACCACAACAUAAUGUGCUUUUAUAUCCAUCUAUGUAUGCUAUGCAAGACGAAAGUCUUAUAACCCGUUUAAUUACAUUCAGCCCAUAUGUAACGUUAAAAACUACUGCAGCAAAAUUACUUAAUGAUUAUCAAAUAGUUACACUGUAACAUACAUAAUGUUAUUUAUUUAACAAGAUAUCAUCUUAAAAUAUUGCCUAAAAGGGCAUGCUUAUCUACACUCUUAUAUCAUUAAUUAAAUUUUUAAAUCUUUAUCGUAAAGACCAAGGCACACGUCCGCUUUAUCCAAGCGCUUAGCACAGAGUGGCAAUGAGCACCAACCCGAUUACACACUUAUGUCCUGCUCGCUGUCGUGGGCUGAAUGUAAACGGGGUAUUGUAACUUUAUUGGAUAGCAGUGAAUGUGUUUCAUCUUUGAAACUUUUAUUUCCCUGCCAUGAAACUUGUAUUUUGUCACAAUGCAAUAAUAGCUUAUGCGUGAUAUUUAUUCGUAACCACAGACAAUUCUACCUAAAGACGACGCGCUUCUGGUGAUAUACUUUAGCACAGGUUUGGAAGUGACACUGCAUAACAGCCGGCACCGCUCCGUUACGUCUCUCAGUCCGCCGAGAGGCAUAGUGAUAACAUUGUCCGUGGUACUGUUAUAACCUAAAAUGCCGUAUUGUCCAGUGAAAUUGUAUGGAAAGUGGAAUACACAACGUCUAGUCUCAUGAAAUUCUUUCCAUCAUUAAUCAUUGAAAUAAUUCAUUACCCAAAAAUAAAAUUUAAAGAGAGCUUUUUUUCGUUAAUAAAUUCCCAUGAAAUUAUCUCGCUCAUUGAUCGAUUCGACUCGGACAUGUUGAGUUGUCACUGACACUGCUAACUAUGACGAGUAUUUGAACGAUCCAAUUGUAACUAGCCGACCCCGCCUCCUGCUCCCCACGUUUUUUUUUUCGUACUAAAAUUCUUGAAAAUUCUUUUAGGUUGAAUUGUCUGUAUUCGUAACACAAUGAAUUGAAUAAUGCCUAAAUGAAAACGCUUGAGUAUUCAUGUAAGGAGUUUUAUCUAAUGUAAGGUGAAACUGUCUCUGGUGUAUCAUUUUAUUAAAUUGAGUUAUAUUAGGUGAAAGUCUAAGGCUGAGAUCUAUAGAGCGAAAUUACGCAAUACUUUCCUGAGUGUGAUAAAACGUGUAAUUGACUUUUGUAUUCGGCUGCCUUAGCUCAAUAUAAUUUCAGCUGUCAAAUGACUUUAAAAACGAAAUAAAUGAUUAUGCUAAGCCAGCACUAGCUAUUUACAUGAGUCAAGUUUGAGUAAAGUUUACCAGUUUGUAAAGCUCCUUUGCACCGGAUGCCGGCUAGAUUAUGGGUACCACAACGGCGCCUAUUUCUGCCGUGAAGCAGUAAUGUGUAAGCAUUACUGUGUUUCGGUCUGAAGGGCGCCGUAGCUAGUGAAAUAGCAAAUGAGACUUAACAUCUUAUGUCUCAAGGUGACAAGCGCAAUUGUGGUGCCGCUCAGAAUUUUUGAGGUUUUCAAGAAUCCUGACCGGCACUGCAUUUUAAUGGGCGGGGCGUAUCAAUUACUAUCAGCUGCACGUCCUGCUCGUCUCGUCCCUUAUUAUCAUUAAAAAAAAAGUCUAAGUUGGCUCUAUAGAUCUAAGUCUAAACCAUAUUAUGUGAUGUAACUAUUAUUUACCUUGAACAAAUGUAUGUUUCAAUACUCUACUAGAGUUGCGUAAUAUGUCCUGGUUUAAUCUAAGUACUUCGAUUACUUGAUUUUUUGUGAUUGAAUUUAAUAAAUUCGCCAUUUAAAUUA